AUGGGAAACAGAACAAGCAAACACUCAAAGACAUCGCUUAGGAUCUACGCGAGGGAACUGAGAACGUACGAGGCUGCAUGUGAAGAAGACAAGGAGAUUCAGUCUUUCGACAAGCGUAUGCAGGCACGGACGAGUGACGUGAUAAACACGCUAGCCACGGGCGUUGAGGUUCGAGGGGUCUCUCUCGAUUCCCUGAAAGUAGUGACGGAGAGUUUGUUGGACAUGAACCAAGAAGUGGUGAAAGUGAUGUUGGAUUGCAAGAAAGACAUAUGGAAAGAUAAAGAAAUGUUUAAACUCGUUGAAGAUUACUUUGAGACUAGCAUGAAGACACACGACUUCUGUGAUGCUUUGCGGAAAGGCCUGCACCGGAUUCGUGAUAGUUACCAUAUGAUUGUUUCUGCUCUUCGGCAGUUUGAAGAAGAGAGCCCUGUUCAAGGUGGGAACGGAUACAAGAAGACACUUGAAAAGCUGAAGAAGUUCAAAGACGCAGAGAGACCUUUUGGCGAAGACUUCGUCGACAUGUUCCAAAUUGCUUACAAACAACAAAUGCUGAUGCUUGAGAAGCUUCAGCUACAUAACUACAAGCUCGAAAAGAAGCUCAAGCGCAUCCGCACAUGGCGAAAACUCACCAGCAUCAUCUUCGUGGCUGCCUACGCCGCUGUGUUCAUCUGCUGUAUUGUGGCUGCGGCUAUGACGGCUUCUCCUCUGGUGGAGGUUCUCGCUGCUACCGCAGUGCCAGUGAGUGGCAUUGCGGGGAAAUGGAUCGACUCGCUGUGGAAGAAAUAUGAGAAUGAAAUCAAAGGACAGAGAGAUGUGGUCAGUUCGAUGCAGGCUGGGACAUAUGUAGCAGUGAAGGAGAUGGAUAUUGUCCGGUUUUUGACCGAACAGCUGGAUAAUGAGAUCAGGAAUUUGGUGAAGAGUGCGGAAUAUGCGGUGGAGCAUGGUGCAGUCAAGAUUCGGAUCCAUGAGAUUAACGAGAUGCUUUUGGUGUUUAAGAAGAAUAUAGAAGAAUUGGAGACUCAGGCUGAUUUGUCUGAUUCGUGUAACAGAGAUAUUAGAAUAGCAAGGGCUGUGAUUCUUCAAAGGAUCAUCAAGCAUCCUAAUAUUAAUGCUAGUAUAGUAGCAGCAACUGAAACACACACAAACAGCAAAAAGUAA